UCGGUCCUGCCCCAAGCGAACCGUAGAGUUCUCGCAAUUCAGGGUUCGGUCGACAACUCUCCGCAAGCGAAGCGUGUCUGGUUCCCUCUACCCUUCUCUACCACUCCUGGGCCAUCCUAACUUAUCGACGAUGUGCCCGACUUCCUUGGUUGGUCACACGUCACCGCAUGGCCGAUUAACGAGGCUGUCAUUCACCCGGCUGCUCACACGCAGAUCGCCUGCAAUGCGAUGGCAGGCGUAUAAAUAUUCACAUCAUCCGUCCGUCGUCUCGUCGCUCGUCUGAAGUGUACAAGCAGUAGAACACACAGCGCCCCUCGUCCGUCUCAUUCUCAAUAAUACACCUUCCCUCGCCGCCUGCUCCACCCGCCAUCAUGCUGUCCGCCACCACCAUCCUCCAGGCGCUCGCCUUUGCCACCGCCUUCACCACGGUGUCCGCCAAGACAACCUGCACCAACAACCUCGUGUCCUGCCACAACAUCUCUGCAUCCGCCAAUCUGUGCUGCGUGAAUGCCCCGGCCGGCACACUCAUCCACACGCAAACCUGGGAUUACAACAGCUCCUCAUCCCCCUCCGAGACAUGGACCAUCAGCGGACUCUUGACCGCAGACUGCAACGGCAACAUUGUCAAAAACUGCGACCCCUCCCGCGCCUACUCCAACAUCUCCAACAUCCUGGGCGAGUUCAAGCAGACCCUGCUGCGAACACAGCUGUCGACCGACUGGCUGAACCAGUCCUCCUCCACCCUGGGCUUGACCGAGAACGAAGUCUGGGCGCAGGCCUGGGACACGUACGGCACAUGUCUCUCCACUCUCAGUCCCACUUGCUUCGGGGCCGGCUACGUCCAAGGACAGGAAGUGCCACCCUACUUCCGUCGCGCCGUCAACCUCUACCGCAACGACGUGACAUAUUUGUGGCUGCGCGAUGCCGGCAUCGUGCCCUCCAAGGCCGCCACCUACACUGCGAACGUCAUCAUGGGCGCGCUCAAGGCGCAGCACGGCCACCCGGUGUACAUCUACUGCGACGGCAACAAGCUGUCCGGCGUGGCGUACUACUACAACGUGGCGGGCUCCAUCGCCAACGGCCAGAUAAGCUCCAUCUCCGCCCUUGGCGGCGCCAGCACCUGUCCGUCGAACGGGAUUGUGUACCUGCCGAAGCCGUAAGGGCUUAAAGCGGUUGCUUGUUUUCUUGUUCACACGCGCGUUUACCAACAGCAUAGAGGAGUUGGGGAUGGAAAUGGGUGCGGGAGAAU